GUAGUAUUGUUUGGCGAACACCAGCUAUUGCAUUGAAUACAUCAUGACCAAACAGUUGUUAAUUGGACUGAGAGCACAUUGGACUCCAUUCACCCUGGCUACCAAACACCAGCGCUCCUGAAAUCAAUAACUUUCCCCCAAAGAGAAGGCCAGACAGACUGUGUCUGUCAGCGGGUGGCAGGCCGGAUACAAAGAAUAUGGCCACAGGGGGGAUGGGGAUGCGGAGCAAAGCCGUUUCCCAGAAACCAAUGGCCACUGCAGCUCAGAGCUCAGUGGAGAGCUCAAAGGAAAAAGGAACUCCAGACGUGGCUGCAAGGAAAGCGAAAGCCAAGGCGGGGAUUGUCCACAGGACCCUCUGGGCUUCAGGCUAGUUGUAUUCUACUGCAGCUUCGGCCCCUGAAAUCAGCGUGGCAGUUCAGGGCUCCCCGCUGGCUCUUGCUAAGUAUGACUCAGAAAAGAAGCACCUGCAAUGAACCAGCUACAAAUUUUCCUCGGGAUUCCGUAAAUUUAACAGUAGCCCAAUGCCAGCGUCCUCGAGGAGGUGUCGGUCACUGUCCGCCGGGUCGGGGGUGCUGAAAUUUGGAUGAUGUCUAGCAGGAGAUCGCAGGGAUGCUGCUGCUUGUCCCAUUUCAACAAGGACAAUGGCAGAUUCCUCCUCUUAGCGGUCCUGAUCGCAGUUUAUCUGGCAGCUGGAGCUACGGUGUUCUCAGCCCUCGAGAGGCCUUCCGAAGUCGAGGCUCAGCAUCGCUGGAGCAGGACCCUCCAAAACUUCAGCCAAAUAUUCAACAUCAGUAUGCCUGAGCUAAGGGACUUCCUGCGGAGUUAUGAAGCAGCCAUGGCCGCGGGCAUCCGGGCAGAUGCACUAAGACCAAGAUGGGACUUCACUGGGGCUUUCUAUUUUGUGGGGACAGUAGUGUCAACUAUAGGUUUUGGAAUGACCACACCCGCAACAGUGGCUGGAAAAGUGUUCCUCAUAAUUUAUGGCCUAUUCGGGUGUGCUGGGACUAUCCUUUUCUUCAACCUGUUCCUGGAGCGUAUUAUCUCUCUCCUGGCUUUUAUCAUGAAGGCUUGUCGUGAGCGGCAGCUGCGAAGAAGUGGUCUUCUACCCCCUAACUUUCGAAGGGGAUCAGCUAUCUCUGAAGUGGACAGCCUUGCUGGAUGGAAACCAUCAGUUUAUCAUGUGAUGCUGAUUCUGGGAAUUUUUGCCGUUACACUGGCUUGCUGUGCCUCAACAAUGUACACAGCAGUGGAAGGAUGGAACUACAUUGACUCCUUAUACUAUUGUUUUGUCACCUUCAGCACUAUUGGCUUUGGAGAUUUGGUAAGCAGUCAAAAUGCAGUGUACCAAAAUCAGGGAUUAUACAGAUUUGGAAACUUCAUGUUUAUAUUAAUGGGUGUAUCUUGCAUAUACUCUCUUUUUAAUGUCAUAUCAAUUGUAAUCAAGCAAGUUUUAAACUGGCUGUUGAAAAAGUUUGGAUGCAGGUGUUGCUCUAAGUGCCAUAAAUCAAGUGCCCGCCUUGGUCGUCGCAAUGCCAUCACCCCAGGAAGCCGCUUCCGUAGGCAUAACAUCUCUGUGGAAACCGACGGACAGUAUGACAGUGACACAGAGGGGAGGAGGCUUUCUGGUGAAAUGAUUUCAAUGAAGGAGCUCACAGCAUCAAACAAAGUCUCCCUGGCCAUUUUGCAAAAGCAGCUGUCCGAGAUGGCCAAUGGGUACCCUAGAAACGUCAGUAUGAACAGCAGACAAAAUGGCUUCUCUGCAGGCAUUGGUGCGCUAGCUAUCAUGAACAAUAGGUUGGUAGAAACAAGUGAUUCUAGGUAGAGUUUUUGAAAGUCUCUUCUAUAAGAUAAUGACAUUUUCUUAUUCUUUAUUUAAUAAAAAAUUAAGUUAUUAGGCUGAUGUUAU